GCGUCGAAGAAAGGGACAAUCAAAGCAGGACUGGCWAGGGACAUCAACCUAUACCUCAAACUUACAUAUAUACUAGAUAUUAGAUUGGAUAUACCAUGAAUCUAUCGAUUCUUUUAGCCUUAGUCGUUSUACUUACAGUCAUUCAAAACUUGUUAGCGUCGCCACUAGUCAACAACGACGCAAAAGUAGCCGCCUUUUCUGACGAAGACUGUCCCCCCGGUAUCUGGACUUGUAAGAARAARAGACAACUCCUUCAGGAACAGCAAAUGGGCAUUAAACAUGAUGCCGAUUGUCCCCCCGGUAUUUGGACUUGCAAGAAAAAACGACAGAUCRUUCCUAAGCCUCAAAUGGGCAUCAAACACGACGAAGACUGUCCUCCAGGUAUCUGGACUUGCAAGAAGAAGCGACAGAACGUACCUCAGCCUAUCUGGACUUGCAAGAAGAAACGGGAGUACGUUCCAAAGCCACAAAAAGGCAUCAAACACGACGAAGACUGUCCCCCCGGAAUCUGGACUUGCAAGAAGAAGAGAGAGGAAAAUUUCACCAAGAAACGACUUGACAUGCUAAGAAAAUGGAUACAAGAGAAAGCGGAAAGAGAAGCAAGACAGAUUAUGAACGCUGCUUCRAAGAAAAGUCAACUUGGGCAAAAGAAACGCGAGUGUCCACUUGGAAUAUGGGUGUGUUAGUAGAUGAACACGGACAUAGAAAUGUUAUUUCUAAAAAGUGAAGAUUUGAAAUAGUUUUACCCUUUUAAUAAGGAUGUAUUAGCGAGAAACAAGUAUUCUGAUUGCUGUAGUUGUUGUCUAACUUAUUUCUAUUUAUAUGAAGUUAAAUAAACAUUAAAAGCAUUCUAUUUAAMAUAUCAUAAAACCACCAGAGUUAUAUGAAGGGCUUUUUACUUGAACGAAAAAUAAAGCAUUCUGAAUACGA